UUUCUAUCCGUGCUUUGUAGGUAGCAAGGCAUUUCGACGAAAAAGGCCACGACCUCUUCAAACGAAUAGACCCUUUCAAACAUUCUCUUUCUACCUUUCGACUUCAUACUUACCAGAAGCCCCGACCGACUGGCCCUUCGAUCCGAGGACCGCUAGUCCUUUGUGGUCGUCGACCUUCUGCGCCCAAAUAUCGAGGAGGGGAUCCUUCCGUUAGCAAUGUGGCCCGUCCUAUGCCCUUGGACUCAAGUCUCGGCAUAAAGCUGGUCACUACAAUAGUCUUUGAACGCACAUCGGCCUGGCUCCCUUGACAACACAAACACACAUAGUUGGGCUUGGGGGAAGCCAAGGAUGCCGACUCGGGGCGCCGGCCAUUCGAUUUACGAUUCUACUCGGCGAACCCUUCAAGAAUCAGCAGUUUCUCAAGACGACGAUUUCCCGCCCUUCUCUUCCGGCCACAGACUCCCGCCUCGGAGAUCUUGGGCGAGAAAUAGGGAUCUUGACGUGCACCCUGAGACUUCUUCGAUAUCAACAGCAGUCUCCCAGCUUCGUCGUCGAGUGGUUGACCGCCUAGCCGCCAUACGAGACUCCGAAUUCGCAUCGAACCCACACAACCCAGCAAACCGCCCAGGAGAGUCUCCGAAUCACUACCUUCAGAGUAGAACCCGUCAGCUGGCCGAUUGGGAUCUCCAAGCUGAGUACGAAGAGUUGCUGCGCGACUUUCAAAUUUCCGACCCUAGCCUCUUCACCCCCUCGACUUUCAGCACCCUUCGCUUCCUCGAGCAGGAACGACAGUUUGCGCGCAGCGUGGCACAGGCGAACCAUUUGGUAUCCGGCAGGAGAGAUACCCCGAUAAGCAACGGCAGCAAUACCGGCAACAGUAACAGCAACUACGACAGCCCCGACCGCAGGCGCCUCGCCAUGCCUUUCUCAUUCAACGACGAGCAGGAUCGCCGGCGUCAUUCACGUCCCAACGGCGCUGCCGCCAGAACCCCCCAUCGGUCGACGGCUCCCCCAGCUGGUGACGGGGAUGACGACCUUGGCUUUGCCGGCUUGGGCGCCGGCGAUCCCUUUCGGAACGCAUUAGAGCGCCUGCCACAAAACGCCUUCUCGCCCUUCUCGCCGCCGCCUUAUGCCUCUAACCUGUCUCUGUCGCACUUCAACGUGUCGUCGUCGGGCACAGGCACAAGCCUGCGACCGCACGAACAUGCGGAAGAUAACUACCGGGCAAAACGUCGCAAAAUCGAGUCGGACCGGAUCGCCCCGACUUUCAAGGGUUUCCGGUACGGACGAUACGGCCAGGUCGAGCCCGGGGACUUGACUAUGGAGAUUGUAAGUUGCGAUGGCGGCCUGUUCUCGAACGGGUCGUCCUACACUUACGAGAACAUCCUCAAAAACGACAAGUCGGUAUACUGCACCAAGUCGAGCCGGUGCAACAUAGUGUUGCGGCACCAAGGGGCAACUUCCUUUUGUCUCAAAGAGCUGAUCAUCAAGGCCCCCGGCUCGGGCAACUACUCCUCGCCUGUACGGGAGGGCAUGGUGUUCGUUGCGAUGAACCAAGAUGACCUCUUGACCCGCACAGCGCAGUAUCAGAUUCCGUAUGCGCCACCGAAAUACAGCAGGGACCAUCGUCCGCUGGCUCCCAUCAUCUCCAUCCGCCACAACGAGGACGGGACGGUGGUUACCCGAACAUCCAGCCGUAGCAGGAGGGUGUUCCGCAUGGGGGGAGACGACGAUGACGAUGACGAGGAGGACGACGUGGGGACGGCGCAGAUCCCCCCGGAGUUCUCCACUGACGGGUCUCCGUUCAACGUGACGACAGUGUGUAGCGAUGACGAGAGCGACGGGGGAAACCCCCGGGCGGGCAUCCAUCGGCGGGCCCCGAACAGGAUCGGGGCCCUGCCCUUUGAGAGCGACAGCAGCGACGAUGGCAACUCGAUCGGUCACGAUGAGUACGGAUUUGACGACGUGUGGGCGCCAGCGUCGCGGCGCGGAGGGACGCGAAACAUGACGCUCGCCGAGGCACUGAGGACGUACCCAGGCACGACGACGGCGACUGCGACUACGACUGCGGCCGCGACGGCGGCCACGACCACGACCACGGCCACACAAGAUAUACCGAGAGCGGGCGGCAGGUGCGAGCUGAUGGCGCCGCACGCCAAGUUUUACAUCGAGAAGGACAAGAGCAAGUGCACCAUCCGGUUCGACCCCCCAGUAUCGGGGCGGUUCAUCCUGCUGAAGAUGUGGAGCCCCAACCGGGAGGGCAGUAACAUUGACAUCCAGGCCGUUAUUGCCAAGGGCUUUGCGGGUCCGAGGUAUUUUCCUUCGGUCGAGCUUCGGUGACUUUUUUCUUUUCUUUUUAUUUCUUUGUCGCACGAAAGAUGGUAUGGUAACAUGGUUAUGGGUUGGGGAAUUAUCUCGUCAUACGUCUCAUCGCACAGGGCGAUUUGACUGCCUCCUCAUCCGCAGUGAGAGUGGCAGGGGAGGGAGUUUUCUAACUACGACUGGGUGAUGCCUAUGAGACGACUAUAUUAUCUCUACGGAGUACACGGCAUCGGUUAAGGAUGAGCGAAUGACGGACGGUUGGCGUUAUGGGCGUUUUGAGGUGAUG